CGAUCAUUGCCACACAUCUAGUAGACCGCAUUUAGACUAUUCCGAAGAAAAACCGGGCUGUUUCCGCAUUCGCUGCGCAUUCCUGUUUCACGGCACAGCUACUUCCUCCCCAUGUAUCGAACGGAUCUUAAACAAGUCGACUAAGACUGUGUUCGCGCGCUGCAGUGCAGCUACGGUAUAUACCGAUUGGCGAUCGCACAGCACAGCAGUGACAGCACCCAGCAGCACAUGGCCACCCUGGCGCUGCAUGGAUAAAGCAAACUUCACAUCUGCUGCUUGUAUUUCACAGCCAGUCGCUACUCCCAUUGCCUGGCGGAAUUAAGUUCCCGGCUCUGUUGGCGUUAUGUUCGAUCCCUAGCUGUUGCCGCCCGUAUAGUAUUAUACACACUGCACAAGCCGUAUCAUACUGACAUAUCUCUGCUAUGAACAGCUCUCUGAAGCUCUCUGCUAUGAACAGUUUAUGUGAAAACCUCCGAUAUACUUAAGGUCGAUCUAUAUGAUUGUAUCCAUAAGACAAUAUCUGCGAUUGUCCUUCUCUUCUAAAUCUCUGUCAUAUCUCUUCCUCCCGAAUUUUCCCUGAUUAACUUCUUUUUGUUUUGAAUCCACUUAACACGUUAUGAUUGACAAUUAUCCUCCCGCAUCUUAACAUCCGGAUGACCAUAUGCUCAUGCUGCAUUCAACAGGAAUUGCCCCCUCAGUCAUCGGCAUAUAAUUGGCUUUAUGAUGACAGUUGGGAUAGUUGUUUGGCCGUGGAGUGGUGGAAAGCAAAGAUAGCCUGCAAGUGCAGCACUAUUAGCAAUCGCAUUCCUGUUCUCGUUGCCGAAAUCAAACGGAAAGUGCGCAGAAGGCGUCGAUCGGCAUCAGUAUGAGUGAACUGGAUCAGUUACGGCAGGAAGCCGAAACCCUCCGUACAACAAUCAGAGAUGCACGGAAAGCGGCAUGCGAUACAACGCUGGCUCAAGCGACCGCAAAUAUGGAUCCGGUCGGGCGCAUCCAAAUGAGGACCAGAAGGACCCUGCGAGGUCACCUCGCAAAAAUUUAUGCCAUGCAUUGGGGAUCAGAUUCAAGGAAUUUGGUAUCCGCUUCUCAGGAUGGGAAGCUUAUUGUCUGGGAUUCGUAUACAACUAACAAGGUACACGCCAUUCCAUUGAGGUCCAGCUGGGUUAUGACUUGCGCAUACGCUCCCAGCGGCAGCUAUGUUGCCUGUGGUGGUUUGGAUAACAUAUGCUCCAUAUACAGUCUCAAAACUCGCGAAGGCAACGUUCGUGUAUCAAGGGAGCUCCCCGGUCAUACGGGAUACCUGAGCUGUUGUCGAUUUCUGGACGAUGGCCAAAUCGUUACUAGUUCCGGUGAUAUGACUUGUGCCCUCUGGGACAUUGAGACCGGGCAGCAAAGCACUUCAUUCACCGGACAUACUGGGGACGUCAUGAGCUUAUCUUUAUCUCCAAACAUGCGCACCUUCGUUUCCGGUGCUUGCGAUGCCUCCGCUAAACUCUGGGAUAUCCGUGAUGGACUAUGCAGGCAGACCUUCUCGGGACACGAAUCCGACAUAAACGCAGUCACGUUUUUUCCAAAUGGGGAUGCUUUUGCUACGGGAUCGGAUGAUGCCACUUGUCGACUUUUUGACAUUAGAGCUGACCAAGAACUCGCCAUGUACUCCCACGAUAAUAUUAUUUGCGGAAUAACCUCCGUUGCAUUUUCAAAAUCUGGACGUCUGCUACUGGCUGGCUAUGAUGAUUUUAAUUGUAACGUUUGGGACUCAAUGAAAGCGGACCGCGCCGGCGUGCUUGCCGGACAUGAUAAUCGCGUCAGUUGUCUAGGCGUGACGGAAGAUGGCAUGGCGGUGGCAACUGGCUCAUGGGAUAGCUUCUUGAAGAUCUGGAAUUAACUCUCAACUAAUGAGGGCAUUACUCAUGUGCUUUUUUCCAGCCUGCUGUGGCGGCCACUAUUCCUCUCAACCAAACUCAAAAGCGCCUGUCUUCUGUACCUGUAACAGUAUCUCAGUCUGCUUCAUCUUUUAUUCUUCGAAAUUCUCGUUCAAGCCUCUCCCGCGGAUAUCUUCGAUUGUUUCUUCAAAUGGGAACCAAAUUUUUCGAACCUGCAUCACAUAUUCGUAUAUCUUCGAUAAUCGAUACAUAGUUCGCGGUGGAUAUCAAAGGCACAAUGUGGCCUGCUAUUAUAAAACGAGCAGAAAUCUCUUGUGGUUUUGUACCGAUGACCUUACAAACAGAACAGUCCUCUUAUGAUUAGGAAUUCGUACCUGUUCCUUUUCAUUUUCUUUGUGCAUUUGACUCUUAAGUGGAACACUACAUCCACGUUGUUUGUGACCUUUUCACCUUUCUGCUUUGUUAUUGUGCAGUUAUGCAAGCGUGUGGUAAGUACUGAUCCAACAUUGCACCGAGUAGUUGAUGCGGGUGAAGAGAACCAGUGGCCAUAUCAACAUUUGCGGAGUUCCAUCGGCGACCUCGGAAUUUUUUUCUCUAUUUUUGUUGGCAAGAUGUUGUAGAAUUAGCACUAUUUCUUAAUAAUCCAGUAAAAGGUUUUUUAAGUCAAUUUAUUUAGUUUACCAACUAUUUGAUGUUCUUUAGGAUUACUCUUUGUUAACUUUUCUGUUGAACUUCCGCUCACUUGUACUAUCUUAUGGCAAAAUUUAUAAUUUUUAAUGGUGCACUCCAGCUAGGAAACGUUAGGUUUCUGGUCGUUUCUCGGUAGUAUCCUAAUUUAAUUUUUAGUGAUGCCGUAAUAUGUACUCGAAGCGUUGAAAUAAAGCCACUAUAAGUUG